AUGACCCAUGGCCAGCAGGUUAACUUGCUUGACCAGGUGGUUGACGAAUCGAUCGACCCCAUACUGAAUGGUUAUUUGACCGGCGAACACACAACGGAUAUCCCGAAGCUUGUUCGAACGAUCCAAGAUAACGAAUACAAAAUCAAAGUCGGUAUACACACGAACGCCGAGGUCGUGUUGGGCGCCAAUUGGUACGGCCACGUGGAAGGCUCGCCGCUCAUCACACAAGUAUUUACCUCGACUGUGGCGGGAGGGCCUUACAAAGGCGAAGAGAUCCUCGGAAAGGAUAAUUUCUCAAAGAUCAGUUCCAGCUUGUUGCCCGCUGCAUACAAGGGGACUUUAUAUGCGGCAGCGAGUAAAGGCAUGCGCAAAGUUGUACUCACUUUGAUUGGAGGCGGCGCGUUCAACAAUGACGUGCUUAAAAUUUGGGAGGCCAUUGAAGAAGCUCUCAAUGAAGUCGAACUUGUUCUCUCCAGUGAGCUGGAUGUCUUUAUCACCAUACGCAACAUGGAUGAGUUGACCCGCAGAGUGCCUGCACAGUACGUGAUGAAAACGGUGAGGAGGUAUGGGGGUGCCAUAAUUAGGUUUGAGGAUGACGACACGAUUUCUAUCGAGCGUUAG